AAAGUUAGGAAAAAAAUUGUGGUUUUAAGGUUAUAUUUUUAAAUGUAAAAUAAGAAUUUUUCAAUUUACUUUAUUUUAAUUUUGAUUAGUAUGUGAUAUUAGAAGUAAAUAGUAUAAAAUAGUGCUUACAAUAAAAUUUAUAAACUUAUUGAUUACUUUACUGUGAGUGUAUUAGAGUUUUGUGAUGCCGGGGCCAGACUUACUUUCCAGCCAAGGGCUCCGUUUAGAUGGACGGAGACCUGAUGAAUUACGUCGUAUAAGGUGUAAACUUGGAGUAUUCACUCAACCUGAUGGCAGUGCUUACUUGGAACAGGGAAAUACCAAGGUUUUAGCAGCUGUUUAUGGUCCACACCAGGCUGCAAAAUCAAAGAGUUCAACAGAAGCAGUUGUUGUUAACUGCCAAUACAGCAUGGCCACAUUCUCCACAGGAGAAAGGAAAAAUCGUCCUCGUGGCGACCGAAAGUCACAAGAGAUGUCGCUACACUUGCGGCAGGCGUUGACAGCUGCUAUCAAAACAGAACUAUACCCGCGCUCACAAAUAGACAUUUACAUUGAAGUCUUACAGGCAGACGGAGGAGCGUACUGUGCGAGUGUGAACGCAGCGACACUCGCCCUAGUGGACGCAGGCGUGCCCCUACGCGCAUAUGCAUGCGCAUGCACGGCGUCCAUGGCGUGGCAGGCCGGCGAUCCCGCGCCGCUGGUGGACGUGGGCCAUGUGGAGGAGGCGGCCGGCGGCGUCGUACUCACUGUGGCCAGCCUGCCCAGUACUGGUAGCGUAGCUCUACUGGAGAUGUCUCACAGACUGCACAGUGACUACUUCGAGACUGUUUUAAGCAGAGCAAUGCAGGGUUGCAGAGAUAUAGAGGUGAUCCUAGACCGAGCAGUGAGAGAUCAUUUAGCAGAGGGUUGGACAAAGCAAGAUGUUGUCACAGUAUGAAAUAAACUUUUAUAUAGAG